AGUUUUGAAACCUCUGGGAUUCACAUGGUAUGGUCACUCUAGCCUGUAGUCAUAGACGAGUCUAUUGGACUCAUUCUGUAUAGACAUAGGGUUGUGACACUCAACUCUACCUACAGAUGGUGGUAGAGGUGGGUUGACCAAGAGUCUUAUUGUGAGUCUCAUAUUGAGCAACUAAGCUGGAGUGUAGCAGAUUUAGGUAUCUGUCAAAAAAAUCUUUUUUCUCAGUGACCUCUUUAUUUUUUAUGAAGCGCUAUGAAGACAUCUCUCCUUUUCGCUGUAUAAUACAGUGCAGUGAGGUACUAAACACUGUAGCGCACAUUAGGCCCUGCAAAGUGUCCGACCUAGAUAGCUCUCUGGGCACAGUGAAGUCUCCGCUCUCAAACACCAUGAUAUCCAGACAGACAACGCAGGUUGGAUGGUUAUUAAUACGUCGAAUUUCUUGAUGGCACAACGAUGACAGACGUCGAAGACAUGAAAGUUGACCCCACAAGAGCUGCUGCGCUCGCCUCGCAGAUCAAGGGCGUCAGCGAGCGUAUUGCUGCGGUUGGCAAGGGCCGUAAUGUCCGCCUGGUCGCUGUUUCAAAGUUGAAGCCCGCAAACGACAUCUUAGCUCUCGUCCAGCCGCAGGAAUCGGGCCUUGAGCCCCAGCUGCACUUUGGCGAGAACUAUGCACAGGAGCUGGCUCAAAAGGCCGAGUUGCUUCCGAGGAACAUUCAUUGGCAUUUCAUUGGCGGCCUUCAGUCUGGCCACUGCAAGAAUCUCGCCAAGAUUCCUAACCUCUGGUGCGUUUCAAGCGUAGACACAUUGAAAAAGGCGCAGCUACUCGACCGGUACCGCGGAGAAUUCAUAACUGCAUUCUCUUCUUCAUCCACCGAGUCCCCUGCACCCCAAAAGCUCAACAUCCACGUCCAAGUCAACACCUCAGGAGAAGAUUCCAAGUCCGGGUGUGCUCCCGGUGCUGAGACCGUAGAAUUAUGCCGCGCUGUCGAGGCCGCGCCCAACUUGCAUCUCCUCGGUCUAAUGACGAUCGGCGCCAUCGCGCGCUCCGUGGCUACGACGCCGGAGAACGAGAACGAGGAUUUCGUCGUGCUGAGGGAGCAGAGGGAUCUAGUGUUCAGAGAGCUUGGGCUGGGACAUGACAGGAAGUUGGAGCUUAGUAUGGGCAUGAGCGAGGAUUUCGAGGGCGCUAUUACUAUGGGUAGCGAUGAGGUGAGGGUUGGUAGCACGAUCUUUGGCACGCGGCCUAGUAAGGCCGAAGCCAAAAUUAAGGAGUAG